UAGUUUGAUAGUGUUUCUUUAGUGUUUACCUUAUUAUAGGCACUUGCGUUUAAUCGAUUUACUUAUUUUGAGGCAAAUAUUUUCUAUGUGUUUUUUAGGAGAAUUUAGCAAGUAAAGGUAGUAGUUUGGCGUUUCAUUUUUUUGUCUUUCAAUGGAGUUUGGCUGAAGGAUGUGAUCUUGUGUGCUGUCUCCUAUUUUUGAAAAGAAAGAGAACCGAUCAUCACCCUGACUGUUUCAGUUAAUGGGUAAGAUGAGCAUUCCUUUACUAAAACAUCAUGCUGCAACUGGCAAUUGCAAGAAUUGCCAGAAGUUACGUGUUUCCAUGUGAGGUAUGAGAAAGCAUUUUAAAGAAAUUAAUUAGUAGCUUUUAGCAAUUUUGAUUCCAAAUGUUCUAGUUUUCUUUAUGUCAUGGUACUGAUGAAUGAUACAGAAUGAUAUGCAUUUAUGGUUUGUUAUUAUACACGUAUAAAGUUCUUUAUGUUUGUGGCAGAGGACACUAACUCAGGGGUAAGCACAGAGAACACUAAUUCAGGGGCAGUUAUGAGGUCAUUGAAGAUUUUGAGUUAUAACGUUUGGUUCCGAGAAGACCUGGAGAUGCAUAAGAGGAUGAAAGCAAUUGGUGAUAUAAUUCAACUGCAUUCUCCAGAUCUCAUUUGUUUUCAGGAGGUUACUCAUGAUAUAUAUGAGGUACUUCGCCAAUCCAGCUGGUGGAAGGUAUAUCAAUGCUCAGUUUCAAAUGAGAUGGUAGAGUCAAGCUCGAGGCCAUACUUUUGCUUGCAGUUAAGCAAAUUGCAAGUGAAAGCCUUCAGCUGUAAACCCUUCAGGAAUUCAAUUAUGGGGAGAGAACUUUGCAUUGCUGAGGUUAAAGUUCUAGACGAGAAGUCUUUGGUUGUUGCCACUAGCCAUCUUGAGAGUCCCUGCCCGGGCCCUCCUAUGUGGGAUCAGAUGUUUAGCAAAGAACGUGUGGAACAGGCAAGGGAGGCUAUCAACCUUCUGGAGAAGAAUCAAAAUGUGAUCUUUUGUGGUGAUAUGAACUGGGAUGACAAGUUGGAUGGUCGAUUUCCUUUCCCUGAGGGAUGGGUUGAUGCCUGGACAGAGUUAAGGCCAGGGGAGAAUGGGUGGACGUAUGAUACUAAGUCCAACCAGAUGUUGUCUGGUAAUCGUACAUUGCAGAAGCGGCUAGACCGAUUUAUUUGCAAUUUGCGUGAUUUUAAGAUUAGUAGAAUUGAUAUGAUUGGGACGGAGGCAAUACCAUGUCUAUCAUAUUGCAAAGAGAAGAAAGUGAAGAAAGAGAUAAAGAAGUUGGAGCUUCCUGUUUUGCCUAGUGAUCAUUAUGGCUUGCUUUUAACAAUCAGUAGUCAGUAAUGUUGGUAAUGAUAAUGGUUGAAUGAAAGAGUGAUGAAGUAAUGAUCAUUUUUUGGGCAUUGUUUGUAUGCAUAUAUGAUACGCACUUUUGUAUAGGUGAAAAACGAAAUGAUGUAACAGCGUUUUUGCAGCGUAUUAUCCUUCAAUGAAAUGAUGAAACAGAUUUUGCGGCAUGUUAUGUUUCAUAUUUCGGUGAAGUUUUGUGGAUGAUGAGGGCAAUGUUUAGAUAUGAAAUGCUAAGAGUAC